GCCCCACCACGGCCAUGUCCGAGGCCACCCAGACCAUCGUGGGGGGCCAAGACCCUGGGGUGCCCAAAAUCGUCGCGUGCCUCUCAGCGUUCCUGCUGUGGGACUCCCAGAAGGUGCCCCGGCUGCGGGACGUGACGGCCGACCACGAGCGGAUGGAGCGGGCGCUGCGCGGGGGCGUCACCUGCGUGCUUGUGAUGCCCCACACAUCGCUGUGAUGCCCCCACAUCGCAGUUGACCAUCCUCUGACGGGGGAUUACGAGGUGUGGCUGGGCCGUGCCGGCGGUCCCGGCUCAUCCCGAGUCAUUUCCGCCCGGGAUUUGGGCCAUUUCAUGCUCCGCUGCCUCCACACCCCCGACUUCGACGGCCACAGCGUCUACCUGUGCCGGGAUUACUCCAAGGAUUAGGGAUUCCUGGGAAUUGGGGGAGCCCUUGGGGUACCUGUGCCGGGAUUACUCCAAGGAUUAGGGAUUCCAGGGAAUUGGGGGACCCAUUGGGGUACCUGUGCCGGGAUUACUCCAAGGAUUAGGGAUUAUCCCAGGAUUAGGGAUUCCCAGGGAUCCAAGGAGCCCUCGGGGUCCUCCUGUCCCAUGGGGUUAUCCCAAAGUACUGGAAUUAUCCCAAAGAUUGGGGGAUCCCUCAGGAUCCCUCCUGUCCCAUGGGGUUAUCCCAAAGUGCUGGAAUUAUCCCAAAGAUUGGGGAUCCCUUGAGGUCCCUCCUGUCCCAUGGGGUUAUCCCAAAGUGCUGGGGUUAUCCCAAAGAUUGGGAUAAUCCCAGCCUGUGGAUCCCAAGGGAUCCUCCAAAGAUUGGGGGAUCCCUCAGGAUCCCUCCUGUCCCAUGGGGUUAUCCCAAAGUGCUGGGGUUAUCCCAAAGAUUGGGGGAUCCCUCAGGAUCCCUCCUGUCCCAG